CCGUAAGCAGGUUGGUCUUUGGAUUGCGGUUUCCUUGGGUCUUCAUAUAAACCCAAGUCACUGCCUGCCUAGAGUUUAGUUGGUUUUGAGACUUAAAUCGAGAUGCUGCUGGCUUGGAUUGGUUUGCUGGGUGUUUCCUGUGCUCAAGCAGCCCAGGUCUAUAUGCACUUCAAUGGACUUGGUUACUCCUACAAUACGGAUGGCGAUAGGCUGGAUAGGAGUGUCGUUUCCCCUACUUAUGGGGGCUCAUCCCUGGAAUCCUUUCAACCCUUGCAGUUUGUGCACCAGGCUCUUAGGACCCGGCAUAACCCACUGCCUAGAAUCUCAUACAGGGCACAGGACAACCUGGCAACCUCGUCGCUGAGCAGGGGCUACAUAACAGCACCAUCUGCCCACCAUCAGAGCCACCAGAACUUCGAUUUCAGCACCGACCAGAUGGCGCAUGCCCAGCACACCGACGAGUCGGGAAAUGUUUUGGGCAGGUACUCCUACUACGAUGAGGCUGGCUACCACGAGCUGAGCUACAAGGCGGGCGCCGGCAUCGGGUUCGUGGUCAUGGGUGGUAAUUUGGCCAAGGCCACCGCCACCGCCGCUGAACCGCACUCGGAAUCGGAAUUGGAAUCGGAACUCGAAGUCGGAAAUCGAAACGGAAUCCAAACAAAUGCCUUGGCGAGCCUGCAAGAGUUGCAUAAAUAUCGCGGCUACACGUAA